CCACACGAUGUGUUUAUCGUGAACGAAGUAAGUGAAGGGUAACAGAAAUAUGCUAGUGAUAAGAAGUUGAUGGAUCAGAAAUUAGUAGCUUCACACUCGUAAAGUCAAGCAUUUUUAAACUCUACAUUCAGUUAGAAUACAGAAAUAGUCAAUAAAUUUACCACAUAGAAUUCCAAAAAUAUGAAGACCAAAAAAGGUAGAACUAAAUCAAAAUCUGAAAAAUCUUUAUUAUCCCCAAACAUAUAUCUAGAAAAAUCUUUUUCAUCUGACUUUCAAGUUUUAAAUGUUGUGGAGAAACUUAACACUGAAAUAAAAUUCUUAGAAGACUCAUCUGAAACAAUGGCUUUAAAAAAAAAUGAUGUGUACAUUACUCAGCUGUUUGAACAAUUAGCAGUUAAAAGACCUGGUUUCAAAAUACUGGGACGACCUGCAUUAUUAGAACUAGCUGUUAAUCCUUCUAAUUUAUAUAGAGGUUAUAGACAUCGAUAUUGCAACUCUUUAGUUGGUGCUAUUGUCAGUAUAACUGGUAUCCAGAGAAAAGAAGAAAUGGCUCAUUUACUAUGUUUAAUACGUUGGAUGGGUGGGCGUUUUAGAGAAAAUAUUAACCAUAAAACUACUUUCUUAGUAUCAGGUUAUGCAUGUAGUGCUAAGUCUCAGUAUGCCUAUUUACAUGAAAUUCCUGUUGUUCAUUCAUCUUGGCUUUAUGAAGCCUGGGAAAGACGAAAUGAAUUGGAUUUUUCAGCUACUAAUUUGUCUUUUAUCUCUAAACACAAAUUAAAACCAUUUCAUGGGGCCAAAAUUGGUUUUAUAGGAUUUACAGAGGAAGAAAAACUACAUUUAAAUGAUGUUUUAAUACAAAAUGGAGGCACUCCUGUUAAUGAAAACAACACAGAAUGUACUCAUUUAGUUACAAAAGAAGUUUUUGAAUUUUCACUUAAUACUCCUACAAAGAAACCUAGUUCUAUUUCAAGAUUACAAAUUCUGUGUUCUAAAAAUCUAAUGGGAUCAUUAGAAAUACAAAAACUUAAUUCUGAAAAAUCCAAUGUUAAAAAUGAUAGCUUUAAAAGAACACUCAGUGUAUCUGAUAGUAAUAUUCUAUCAGAAAACAAAAAAAAGCGUUUUACUAAUGGCAAUGGACAAUGUUACAUGGAUACUAAAUCAUUAAUAUCAUGUUUAGGAUGUUCAAAUCAAAAAUUGGUAGUAAAUGAGUCUUUUGAAAACUCUGAUCUAACUACAAAAAAUAAUACAGAAAUUGUCAAAGAAUCAUGGUUUUGGACAUCAGUCCAAUAUCAGAGUUGUGGUUUUGUAAAAGACUAUUGUAUAAAUAAUAUAAGUAUGAUUUCAUCAUCUACUUUAGAAAUUCCUUAUUACACACGAAAAAGAAAAAAACAACUCGACAACAUCAGCAAUCUGACAGCAAAAAUUCAUAAGUCAAUUUCAAAUGAAAAUAUUUCAUCAAUAUAUAAACCGGAUGUUAUACAACAAUUUCCUAUGUUGACUAACAAUUAUGAUAAUCCAAAAUUAUCUUGCAGAAUACUUAUAAGUAAUCCUAAUACCUCAACUUAUACUAAAUCUGAAGGUAAAAAUUUAAGCCCACGCUAUCAGAUUUUCACUGAAUUGUUGCAAACUGAAACUAAUUAUGUUGGCAUUUUAAAUACUAUAAUUUCUUUAUACAAAAUUCCAUUGGAGACUAUGGUUGAGAAAGAAGAAUAUCUUAAUAAUACUGAGAUCAAAAUAAUUUUUGGAGAUAUUUUACCUAUUUAUGAAGUUCACAGUGAUAUGUUAAAAAAAAUUAAACAACUUGCCAAAACUUGGGAAGAAAAUAGUUGCAUAGGAAAUAUCAUAAUUGAAUUUUCUAAAGAUUUAUUGAGAGCUUAUCCUCCUUACAUAAAUUAUUUUGAAAAGAAAAGAGAGAUGCUUUUACAUUGUGACCAGACUAAACCUCGUUUUCAUGCAUUUCUUAAAGUAGGACAAACCCGACCAGAAUGUUGUAGAGAGAGUCUUCAAGAACUUCUCAUUCGACCUGUUCAAAGGCUACCUAGUAUCAGUCUUCUUUUGAAUGAUAUUUUAAAGCAUACCGACAAAAUAAAUCCCGAUCACAAAGCCCUAAAACUAGCUUUAGAAAGUAUUCGAGAAGUAAUGACAUUUAUUAAUGAAGAUAAAAGAAAAACUGAAGGUCAAGUAGCUCUUUUUGACAUAUUUAAUGAAAUUGACAACUGUCCAGCUCAUCUAGUUUCGUCAAGUAGAAAUUUUAUUGCAAGGUAUGAUGUAAUUGAACUAAGUGAAAAUAUAACUGGGCGUGGUGAUCAUCUGACAAUAUUUCUAUUUUCUGAUACUUUAGAGUUCACUAAAAAAAGAAGAUCACUUGAUGUUAAGAGUCCCAAAGAAUUUAAUUCUGGCUUUAAUAAAGGAAAUAUUACAAAAUUAUACAAACAUAUCAAACUUAUAUCAUUGAACUCUAUUAAACAAGUAAUUGAUGUUAAAGAAACUGAUGGUUUUCAAAAUGUAUUUUCUUUGUUGAUUAUUGAAAAUCAAGAUUUUCAAGAAUGUUUGUGUACCUUUGCUUUUAUUGAAAGCAGUAAUUAUGACCUUAACUACAAAAAUUUAGUUUUAAAUAGUAUUUCCCAACAAGUGGCUAUUACUAAUUGUUCACGAAAUGUGUUGAUUUCUUUGGAUUCUAACCAAUUAGAUAUUAAUACAAAUAAAAUUUCCACUGGUACAUUAGAAAAAGCUUUCAGGUUUGCUAAUAAAACUCGUUUAAAAUUUAGUCGAGCAUUAAGCUUUAACAAAAAUUCAAAUGUAUUCAAAGAAAUAAUUUCUUCAAUGGUUAGUCCUGCGCAAAAUUUAAAAAAAAACGAAUCUAGUUUGGAAACAUUAACCCCAUCAACACAGCUAUCCAAAAUUCAUUUGACUUCAUGUAGUCACGAAACAAGUUUGAAUUUGUUAAAUGAGUCUAAAGAUAAUUAUAAUUCAUUUAAUAAGAACAAAACUCUAAUAAAACAUAAUUCUAAAUUACAUAAAAUAUAUUGAUAAUCAUUUUAUUAUUAUUUGAAGGUAGUAGAAAUCAGUAAAUUUCCCUCCAAUAAUUUUUUUGCUUUUUGUAAACUUAUUGUUAUUACAUUUGUUUUUAAUCUAUUCUUGUAUCAUUUUUAAAUAUUUUUAUGUAUUUCAUUAAAAACAUUCUUAACUAUUAUAAUUAAUUUCAUCUUACUAAAAUCUAUUUUAGCCUAAUUAUUUAAG